AGGGUGAAAACUAAGAUUAGCAAUUCCAAUUCUCUCCACGUGUCCCCAAUUCAGCUAUAGUUUCACAAAGUUCCCAUAAUACCACGAGUGACGAAAAGCAUGGGAGGUAGAGAAUGGAUAAAACUCACAAGAGCCCCUUUUUUCCCUGACCAAAAGAGAUAACAAAACCAAUCCUCUCCUCUCCUCUCCUCUCCCCCUCUCCUUCCUCUUCCCAAUCCACACUCGCUCAACUAUCAAGUCUCACUCUCACUCUUGCCCUAAUCCCAAACUCUUUCAAUGGCAAUUUCAGCCUCAGCUACAGUCUCCACCUCCUCCAAACUAGCAUACCCACAUCCUUCUCCUUCCUCCACAAGCUCCACUUUCUCUUUUAAACCCACCAAUAACCUAACCCCAAAAACCCUCCUUUUCUCUUCUUUCAUUUCCCCUUUUCUCACCACCACCUGCUCCACCUCCACCUCCUCCCCCACCUCUACCAUCCGCCGUCGCUCCUUCACUGUCCGUGCUGCCAGGGGCAAAUUCGAGAGAAAAAAACCCCAUGUCAACAUAGGCACAAUUGGCCACGUAGACCAUGGCAAAACCACAUUAACCGCCGCCUUAACCAUGGCCUUAGCCGCUAUGGGUAACAGCGCUCCCAAAAAAUACGAUGAAAUUGACGCAGCCCCCGAAGAACGAGCUCGUGGUAUUACUAUCAACACUGCCACAGUCGAAUAUGAAACCGAAAAUCGCCAUUAUGCGCACGUGGACUGCCCUGGUCACGCUGAUUAUGUUAAAAACAUGAUUACUGGAGCUGCCCAGAUGGACGGAGCUAUUCUUGUGGUUUCUGGUGCUGAUGGUCCCAUGCCCCAAACUAAAGAACAUAUCUUGUUAGCUAAACAAGUUGGUGUUCCUAAUAUGGUUGUUUUCUUGAAUAAACAGGACCAAGUUGAUGACGAGGAACUUUUACAGUUGGUUGAAUUAGAGGUUCGUGAGUUAUUGUCUUCUUAUGAAUUUCCUGGUGAUGAUAUUCCUAUUAUUUCUGGCUCUGCUCUUUUGGCUUUAGAGGCUUUAAUGGCCAAUCCUAGUAUUAGUAGAGGAGAGAACCAAUGGGUAGAUAAGAUUUAUGAGCUUAUGGAUUCCGUUGAUAGUUAUAUUCCUAUUCCUCAAAGGCAGACUGAUUUGCCUUUCUUACUUGCCGUUGAAGAUGUCUUUUCUAUUACUGGUCGUGGUACUGUUGCCACUGGGAGAGUUGAAAGAGGGACAAUUAAGGUUGGUGAGACUGUUGAUAUUGUUGGUCUUAGAGAAACUAGGAAUACUACUGUUACUGGUGUUGAAAUGUUUCAAAAAAUCUUAGAUGAAGCUAUGGCUGGUGAUAAUGUUGGUUUGUUGUUAAGAGGUGUUCAAAAGGUUGAUAUUCAGCGAGGUAUGGUUUUGUCUAAGCCUGGAACUAUUACCCCUCACACUAAGUUUUCCGCUAUUGUUUAUGUGUUGAAGAAAGAAGAGGGUGGUAGGCAUUCACCCUUUUUCGCCGGUUAUAGACCUCAGUUUUACAUGAGGACUACUGAUGUUACUGGAAAGGUGACUGCUAUUAUGAACGACAAGGAUGAGGAGUCCAAAAUGGUUAUGCCUGGUGAUCGUGUGAAGAUGGUUGUGGAGCUUAUCGUGCCUGUUGCUUGUGAACAAGGUAUGAGGUUUGCCAUCAGAGAAGGAGGGAAGACUGUUGGAGCUGGUGUCAUCCAGUCCAUCAUUGAGUAGAUACUUUAAAACCAAUUGCCUCUUGGCUUUUUUGAAUGGUGUCCAACUUUCAUAUGCCCAGAUUUAUGCAAUCAGUUUCACCAUUUUAGAAAAACUUUCAAACCUGCUGUCAUAUAUUUUGCAGUUUUGUUCUUCUUUUGCACCUUUUGAUGUUUAGUCUAGUGGGAUUAUAUUCUUGUGAUAAUUUCAAGUUGACUUCUUUGUUGCUAUUGCUUGUGUUUGAUUGCGAUCCAAUUGCUAAAGAUCAACAUGUAUUAAGAGAAGAUUUCUGGUA